AUGCUUUAUAUGCUGGGGAAUCCGAGGGACAGCAAAUACUUGAAUUUCAAUGAGACUGCUGUGAAUCAUCUAAGAAGAAUCAAAAGAAAAGCAAGUCCAUCACCAGGACAGAUUAUUCACCAUCACAAACACUUUGGUUAUGUAGAUCAUGUGCACAAGCAUGCAGGACAUGCUGAUCACAAACAUAAACAUCAUGGCCAUGCAGAGCAUAAACAUAAACACCACGGGCAUGCGAAACACAAGCAUAAACAUCAUGGUCACGCGGCCCAUAAACACAAACAUAGUGGACAAGCAGAACAUUCCCAUAAACAUUCUGGACAUGGAAAACAUAAACAUAAGCACCAUGGUCAUGCAGAACAUAAACAUAAACAUCAUGGACAUGCUGAGCAUGGCCAUAAGCACCACGGUCAUGCAGAACAUGGACACAAGCACCAUGGACAUGCAGAACAUUCUCACAAGCAUCACGGAGAGGCUAAACAUUCACAUAAGCACGACGGACAUGCAGAACACUCGCAUAAGCAUCACGGGCAUGCUGAACAUGGUCAUAAGCAUCACGGUCAUGCAGAACAUUCACAUAAGCACCACGGACAUGCUGAACAUGGCCAUAAGCAUCACGGUCAUGCAGAACAUUCACAUAAGCACCACGGACAUGCUGAACAUGGCCAUAAGCAUCACGGUCAUGCAGAACACUCACACAAGCACCACGGACAUGCUGAACAUGGCCAUAAGCAUCACGGUCAUACAGAACACUCCCAUAAACAUCAUGGAGAGGCAGAACACUCACAUAAGCAUCACGGUCAUGCAGAACACUCACAUAAGCACCACGGACAUGCUGAACAUGGCCAUAAGCAUCACGGUCAUGCAGAACACUCCCAUAAACAUCAUGGAGAGGCAGAACACUCACAUAAGCAUCACGGACAUGCUGAGCAUGAUCAUAAGCAUCACGGACAUGCUGAGCAUGAUCAUAAGCAUCACGGACAUGCUGAGCAUGAUCAUAAGCACCAUGGACAUGCUGAGCAUAGCCAUAAGCAUCACGGUCAUGCAAAACAUGAUCACAAGCAUCACGGAGAGGCAGAACACUCACAUAAGCACCACGGACAUGCUAAGCAUGAGCAUAAGCAUCACGGACAUGCAGAGCACUCUCACAAACAUCAUGGAGAAAGUAAACAUUCUCAUAAACAUCAUGGAGAGGCAGAACACUCACAUAAGCAUCACGGACAUGCUGAACAUGGCCAUAAGCACCACGGACAUGCAGAGCACUCUCACAAACAUCAUGGUCACGCUGAACACGAACAUAAACACCAUGGAGAAGGGAGACAUUCCCAUAAACACGAUGGUCAUGCCGAACAUGAUCAUAAACAUCACGGACAUGCUGAACAUGAACAUAAACAUCACGGACAUGCUGAACAUGAGCAUAAGCAUCACGGACAUGCAGAACACUCUCACAAACACCACGGUCACGCCGAGCAUUCUCAUAAACAUCAUGGCCACGCUGAUCAUGAUCAUAAACACCAUGGCCAUGCUGAGCAUGGUCAUAAGCACCACGGUCAUAGCGAGCAUUCCCAUAAACAUCAUGGUCAUGCUAAACACGAGCAUAAACACCAUGGACAUGCUGAACAUGGUCAUAAACAUCAUGGCCAUGCAGAGCACUCCCACAAACAUCACGGAGAAGCUGAACAUUCCCAUAAGCAUCAUGGAGAAGCAAAACAUUCCCAUAAACACCAUGGACAUGCUGAACAUGACCAUAAACAUCAUGGCCAUGCAGAGCACUCCCACAAGCAUCACGGAGAAGCUGAACAUUCCCACAAACAUAAUGGAGAAGCAAAGCAUUCUCAUAGACACCAUGGACAUGCUGAACAUGGCCAUAAACACCAUGGACAUGCUGAACAUGGCCAUAAACAUCAUGGCCAUGCAGAGCACUCACACAAACAUCACGGAGAAACUGAACAUUCCCACAAACAUCAUGGAGAAGCAAAGCAUUCCCAUAAACACAAUGGACAUGCUGAACAUGGCCAUAAACAUCACGGCCAUGCAGAGCACUCCCACAAACAUCACGGAGAAGCUGAACAUUCUCACAAGCAUCAUGGAGAAGCAAAGCAUUCCCAUAAACACCAUGGACAUGCUGAACAUGGCCAUAAACACCAUGGACAUGCUGAACAUGGCCAUAAACACCAUGGACAUGCUGAACAUGGCCAUAAACAUCAUGGCCAUGCAGAGCACUCCCACAAACAUCACGGAGAAGCCGAACAUUCUCACAAGCAUCAUGGAGAAGCAAAGCAUUCCCAUAAACACCAUGGACAUGCUGAACAUGGCCAUAAACACCAUGGACAUGCUGAACAUGGCCAUAAACACCAUGGACAUGCUGAACAUGGCCAUAAACAUCACGGCCACGCUGAGCAUGAUCAUAAACAUCACGGAGAAGCUGAGCAUGAUCAUAAACACCAUGGCAAUGCCCAACAUUCCCAUAAACAUCAUGGGCAUGCUGAACAUGGCCAUAAACAUUCCACACCGGAUGAUGACCAUCGUUGA